AGCUACUGCCCCCUACGUAAGCCCUUGUUGGAACACCUAGCAGGGUAUGAGAUGCUGGCCAUGCACAACCAUCUGUGGGGAGUCUCAAGCCAUAUAUUCCUGCGCAUGUUAAAAACAUGUUGAGUACACUUCUUCUGGACGCCUUUGCGGAUGAACUCAUUGCAAACUACAGGCGAGACUAAGAUGCAAAUCCCGAGAUCGGAGACCUUUGCAAUGAUCACCUCAGGUUGAAAACCGACAUUAAAGUGUCCGCAGCCUGUUUUAGGGGACACAACGGCAACGUCGCGCAAGAGCUCUGUCUGCACAGAACUAAUGACCUAGUAAGGGGUUCACCAAGAAAGAAGCAAUUGCCAAGCUCCGAUGCCCAAGACCUCCAUAGAACUUCGGUUAAAAGAGAUACCUCCUAGAGGGACCAGCUUGCAAGGCGCCGGAAGCCCAAAGAGAGCCGAGAGUGAAGAAAAUAGAGGCUCAGAGGGAGUUGGUGUGCUUUGGCUUUUUUAGAGAUUGCUAAAAUAAGUGAAGACAUGAAGUCAUUUCAGCUGGAAAAUAAACUAAAAUGAGAUUUUAUUCCCUCAAAGUUGCCCCCAGAGUUAAAGCCACAGCUGCCCCUGCAGGAGUGCCUCCACCUCCUCAGGACCUUGAGUUUACCAAAUUACCAAAUGGUUUAGUGAUUGCAUCUCUGGAAAACUAUGCUCCUGCAUGCAGAAUUGGUGUGUUCAUUAAAGCAGGCAGUAGAUAUGAGGACUCCAACAAUUUAGGAACCUCUCAUUUGCUGCGUCUUGCAUCCACUUUGACUACAAAAGGCGCUUCAUCUUUCAAGAUAGCUCGUGGAAUUGAAGCAGUUGGUGGUAAAUUAAGCGUGACUGCAUCAAGGGAAAACAUGGCAUACACUGUGGAAUGCCUGCGGGAUGAUAUUGAGAUUUUGAUGGAGUUCCUGCUCAAUGUCACCACAGCACCAGAAUUCCGUCGUUGGGAAGUAGCUGACCUUCAGUCUCAGCUAAGAAUUGACAAAACUGUGGCUUUUCAAAAUCCACAGACUCGUGUCAUUGAAAAUUUGCACGCUGCUGCUUACCGAAAUGCAUUGUCUAACUCCUUGUAUUGUCCUGACUAUAGGAUUGGAAAAGUGACGUCAGAGGAGUUACACUACUACGUUCAGAACAAUUUUACAAGUGCAAGAAUGGCUUUGGUUGGACUUGGUGUGAGUCAUCCUGUUCUAAAGCAAGUUGCCGAGCAGUUUCUCAACAUGCGUGGUGGGCUUGGUUUAUCUGGUGCAAAGGCCAAAUACCGUGGAGGUGAAAUUCGAAAACAGAGUGGAGACAGUCUUGUCCAUGCUGCUGUUGUAGCAGAAAGUGCUGCCAUUGGAAGUACAGAAGCAAAUGCAUUUAGUGUUCUUCAGCACGUCCUAGGAGCUGGACCACAUGUCAAGAGGGGCAGCAAUACCACCAACCUCCUAUACCAGGCUAUUGCCAAAGGAAAUCACCAGCCAUUUGAUGUUUCUGCUUUUAAUGCCAGUUAUUCAGAUUCUGGUCUCUUUGGGAUUUACACUAUCUCACAAGCUGCAGCUGCAAGAGAUGUUAUCAAGGCUGCCUAUAACCAAGUAAAAACAAUUGCUCAAGGAAACCUUUCCAGUGCAGAUGUCCAGGCUGCCAAGAACAAGCUGAAAGCAGGAUACCUAAUGUCAGUGGAGUCUUCCGAGGGUUUCCUGGAUGAAGUUGGGUCUCAAGCUCUAGUUGCUGGUUCUUAUGUGCCACCAUCCACAGUCCUUCAGCAGAUUGACUCAGUGGCUGAUGCUGAUGUCAUAAAUGCUGCAAAGAAGUUUGUUUCUGGCCAGAAGUCAAUGGCAGCAAGUGGAAAUUUGGGGCAUACACCUUUCGUUGAUGAGUUGUAAUACUAAAGCACAUUACAGAAGCCCUGGACAUUUUUCUCAGCCUAGAGCAGCAAACACAUGAAAGUCAAAAGUCUCUAAUAUAAUGUUUCUUUUUUCUCAGUUGGGUGAAGUAUCUUAAUGUAUAAAUUUAGGUAAUUAUUCCCACCUGACCUAGAGUCAAUAAACCAUUCUGCCUAAAUGUUUUUCUUGCAUUUUGCCUAGUUAAUCAAUAAGUAUUACAUACUGAGACCUUUAUUUUAGAUACUUUAAAGGAGAUAGGCCUAUAAUAAUUGAAUAAGUGAACUAUAUCAACUGAGAAACACCAGAAACUAUUUAAAAAGCUAAUAAGCAGCUAUCAAGAUAAAAAUUUCCACAUUAUUAUUAGUGACUUUUAAGAUAAAAACAAGUUAGAGAACCAGCCAGUGGCUCUCAGGUAGGCAGUGCCCAUCCUGGGAAGAAACUCAAUAUAAACUUAAUAUAAACCUUCUGAAGUUCAUGGGUUUGAUGAGGCUUAACCACUUCUGGGUAGCCCCCAGCUUCAGGAGUUGUCCUUCUGAGCAAGAAAAUGACUGCAGAAUUAAAAGAGGUCAUGGCCUUAGCACUUUGGGGCCCAGUGAAGGUGAAAAAAGAGGAAGAGGAUAAAAAUGUACUGAGUCAGGCAUCCUUCCAACGAAUGCAUGCUGAGAACAUCAAGGUCUGGGCCCCAGGAGAGGAUCCUCAGCCAGGCCUUGAUUUAUCAGAAGAGAAAAAGGGUCACAGUAUGUCCUGGGACAUGGCACUGGUUCUAAAAGCAACAUAGGAAGCACCUGCUGCUGUAACCCCAAUCCUUGGCAGCUGCUCCUUCCCAGGGACUCUGGCCAAGAGUGAGAUGCUAUAGACUCAGGGGGACCUGAACUUAGAUGCUGAAACCAAGAACCUAGUUAGUUACUUGUUUCCAAAACAAAUGUGUGAAGAAGCUGAAAAACCCCUCUAACUAUCAUGCAGAAUCCAGAAAGCUGACCCUCAGGAACUGAGUUAGGAGAAGCAUGUGGGAAAGGAAACAUGUUAAAGAGGCAGAGAAUAAAGAAGAAAAAGAAAGACUUCAGACAAGUAUCACAUACUUGAAAGCUUCAAAGAAGAACAGAAAUGUAAGAAAUCUGGAGGAAGAUACAGCCUUGAGUCUGGCUCUGUUAAAAAUCAGAAAAUCCCACCGGGGCAAAAGCCUUUUACAUAUAAUAUUUGUGGCAAGGGCUGCUUCAUUCAGAGGGCAAACCUUGUGCAUCAGAGAAUCCACGCUGGACAGGAACCAUUUGGGUGUGCAAAAUGUGGGAAAGCUUUCAUGCAGAGUUCUAAUCUGACUGUAUCGGAAGAUCCAUUCAUUAGAAAAGACCUUCAAGGGCAGUGAAUGUGAGAACGCCUUCAGUUACUUCUCACAACUUGCCUAGCACCAGAAGAUCCACAUUAAUGAAAAAUGUUAUGAGUAAAAGAAGUGCAGGAAAACUCAAACCUCAUUGUCCACCAGAAAAUUCAUACUGGAAAGAAGCCCUUUUCCUGUAAUGACUGGCAAAGCCUUCACUCAAUGCAAAUCAUCGUAUGCAUUAGCAAAGUCAUACUGGUGAGAAGCCAGUAGAAGUGCAGCAUGUGGAAAAACCUUCAGUUGCUUUUCACACCUUAUCGUACACCAGAGAAUCCACACUGAAGAGAAACCAAAGGACUGCAGCAAGUGUGGGAAAGCCUUCAGUCAGCUCUCUUCCCUUAUUGUCCACCAGAGAAUCCAUAGUAGAGACUUUCCAUAUGUGAGAAACUAAUGUGGGAAGGCCUUCACAUGUAGCUCAUACCCACUUAUUCCCGAGAAUCCACACUGGUAAAAAACCUUACAUAUGUCUCGUGUGGCAAGGCCUUCAGGUAGAGGUUAAACCUCACUGCAACAGAGGACCCACACUGGGGAGAAGCCAUAUGAGUACAAGAAGUGCAGUGCAGCAUCCAUUUCUAACACCUCGUGUGACACCACAGAACCCAUCUUGUGGAGUGACACACUAAGGAAGAGGAAGACCUCCAGCCAUUGUUCACAACCUGCUAACCCCGGAAUUAGACACCAGCCUGCCAUUUUCUUCCAAUUUUAUAAGAAUGAGGCCUGUGUCCUUUAGAAUUUUAAGCACAAACACGAUAAUUUCAAAGGUUAAAGAAUGGGAACUGAGGCUCUCAAGGCAAUGCGAGAACAUUGUUUUAACUGUGCCCUAAGCAGUUGUGUGUUCUGAAAAGGAACGCGGCUUUUUUAGGAAUAGGUCAUGCAAAGCUAACUGAUAAUGAGCCUAUCUGGGGAAAGGCCUUGUUUACUUAGCUUUGUUUUUUGUAACGUAAUUGCUUGAGGUAAGAUGCAACAACCCCAUUCCAGGAUAGGAGAGUCAGAGCUUGCCCGAGCGCCCCGCCCCCCAAAAAACUUACUUUGGGUAACAACAGUUAAGUUGUCUGGGUUAAGUGGUCUGGUUUUUAGCCCUUUUUUCCCCAGGGGUGAUCUAUCACUGAGCUACAUUCCCCAUUCCUUUUUAUCUU